UGCGUGCGCAGCGCAUGCGCGUUUGAUGUUGUCAGUGGAGUGCGCGCAGUGUUUUGUUCUGCUGCAGUGCUGUGAUUUAUGUUGUGUCAUGGAUAACCUGGAGGAGGAUCUGACGUGUUCUGUGUGUUACUGUCUGUUUACUGACCCGCGAGUGCUGCCAUGUUCUCACACCUUCUGUAAGGGCUGUCUGGACAACGUUCUGCAGGUCUCUGUUAACUUCUCCAUCUGGCGGCCCCUCCGCCUGCCGCUCAAAUGCCCUCACUGCCGCAGCGUGGUGGAGCUUCCGACCAACGGCGUGGAAGCGCUUCCUGUCAAUGUCUGUCUGCGUGCCAUCGUAGAAAAGUACCAGCAUGACGGCAGGCCACAUUCUCCCACCUGCCCCGAACAUCCGCGCCAGCCUCUCAACGUCUACUGUGUCCAGGACCGCAAGCUCAUAUGCGGCUUCUGCCUCACGAUCGGGCAGCAUCAAAGUCACGCCAUCGACGACCUGCAGACAGCGUACAUGAAGGAGCGUGCCGCGCAGACACGUCUGCUGGAGCCUUUGAGAGGUAAGCGCUGGGAGGAAGUGUGCGGUCUGACGGAGCGUGUACAGCAGGAGAAGCUUCGGAGCGAAGAGCUCAUUCAGAACGACCGUGAGGUGGUAUUGCAUUUCUUUCAGGGCCUCGAUCUCAUUCUCGCCCAGAAGAAGGAGCAGUUCCUGCAGGCUCUGGAUGGGGCGAGCGUGCUGCUGGCACGUGCAUACGACCCGCUCAUCGAGCAGCUGAAGGACAUGCAGGAAGAACAGAGCGACCUGAUCUCUCUCAGCUCCAGUAUUGAGAGUGAAGACUGUCCGCUGGUUUACCUGGAGAAGGUGCAUCAGCUGAGGGAGCGCGUGAAUGCGUUGAGUCAGAAAACAUUACCUGAGGUUCCCGGUCUUCACAUCACACCACGAGCAGAGCAGUUCUUCGAGGAUCACUGGGCUUGUGUGACGAUAACUGGGCUCAGAGACGGCCCACUUCCAGAAAUCACCUGUCGCACUCAGGCAUGCUCCAUGAACGGCACUCGCUCUGCAAGUCAGACUCGGUUCUGGCGUCUUGGUCCAUCUUCAGCUUUAGUCCUGAUGCUGCUCGUGCUGAUACUGACGGCUCUGUGUUUGAACCCGAUGGGUGGAAGCACUCUUGGGUUCUCAGUUCUGUCAGGAGUCAGUCAUAUAGUUGAAAAUGUUUCCAGUGAACUUCAUGACAUGGGGAAGUUCCUCCUCUGUCUGCUACAGAACAUCAACAUGACAUUAUGCUCUUAUAUUUCAACUUUAGGGGAAAACACCUUCCAACAUCUGCUCACCUUUCUCCAAACACUACACUAGUGUUGAACUACUGCUGGGCCUCAAUCAUGCAAUGGGAGCAAAACAAAUGUCUAUUCUUUGCGUAAAUUGAAUUGAAUGCAACAAUGGUUUUAUGAACGAGCUCCAUAAUUUCAGUAAGAAUAGUUGAGCAGAACCAAUUUGUCUCAUUUAGAGAGAUGCUGAUACAAUUAGUUUUCAUUAUCCAAUUAUUUAAAUCAACAUCUGCUGAUACUUGUAAGUUUGGAGGUUCUGCUUUGUUUUAACACUACCUUGUUUCAAAUCACUGAUAAUUAAUUACACAACUUCGAGAGAAUGAUAAAUAAUAGCUUCUUCUGUCUCUACAUGUCUUCCAUGUUUUAUAAUGACUGUUCUCACUUAUACUGUAAGCAAAACACUUAAACAAUGGGAUGCACCGAUACUACUAUUACUCUUCUCAUCUCUCAUUAUCAGCCGAUAUUGAUCCGAUAUCAGUGUCGUUUUUUUUUUUUUUGGCGUAUCGUCAGAUAAAGGCAUUUAUCUGCAACAUCAGAGACCAGCAGAUUGUUUAAAAACCGUCGAUGAUCAGGGCCUGUUUAGAGCGUCUAUACCUCACUGUGUGGAGCAGGUGUUUUUGCAUAUGAAUCGGUCACCGUUACCCAAGCCAGUUAAAAACGUCAGUAUUGGAGCAGAUAAUGAUCCAAGUAUUUGUUAGGGAUUGUGUCAUCCUAACAAAAAGCUCAAUAUUAACUGACAUUAUCAAUCUUAACUCGCAUGAACUGAAGUGUGAAUGCCACUUUAGCAAACUCAUAUUCCUGCUGCGUGGAGCUUUAGGUGAGUAAUGUAAACGAUAGUUCCACCUGGGGAAAUUCUGAAGUGAAAAGCUUACAAAUCCAAUUCAGAAUAGUUCCACACAAGAGUCAUUCACAUACAGCACGAGUUGUAGGAUCAUUCUCCCAUGUGGUUUGAUGACUGGAAAUAUGGAAAUAAUGGCCUUGAUCAUCGACUGUUUUUAAACGAUCUGCUGGUGAUUGAUGAAUUUGCAGAUAAAUGCUUUUAUCUGAUGAUAUGCCGAUUGGCUCAUUUAAUUUAAUGCAACUAUUGUUUUAAGAACAAUGUUCUAGGAAUGUUCAAAAGCACCGUCUUCAUAUCUGACUCAUCUGUGUGUUGUCUGAGUGACUAGUCAUUGUUAAGGGACCUGUUUAUAAGUAGGCUGUGUUUUGUUCAGAUCCCAUCAGACAUGUUUUAUAUGGAUAAAUGGACAUCAAGUGCAUCCUUUCCACAAGGUGACAAACAGGUGUCAGUAAUGUUGUCUAAUCGGUGUAGAACGGUUUAUUCAAUCCAUUCUAAAUCAUGUGAUUUACUAAAGAAUAGUCUGUAAUGAUUAACAGGAAUACAGAAGUUAACUACAUCACCCAUUAUGCCUUCACGUUUACAUUGCUGGCGCUGUAGCAGAUAUUAGACUUUGUAUCAAGUGUCAACCACAUUGUUUUAGACUAGUUAAGACCAACAACACCUGCUCAUAUUUAAAUCAAUAUCCUUCAGUGUGUUGACGUGAACUAGUUUUAAAGUGUGUCGUUUCUGCAUUAUUAGCAGAAUCAGAUGGAUUAACAAAAUGACCAAACAGUUCAAACUGGCUGCCAUCGGUUGGGAAAAUGAACGUCCCACCUUUAAACUCAUUUUACUGUCAGAACUCAUGUUGUUUUUAAAUUGUAAAUGGGUUUGUGCAGAAUUGGCAUCGUUCUGUUGGCUGUACAUUCUCUUGCGAGUGUUUUAUACUUAUUUGCUGUCUGUUCAAAUAUUCCAAAUCACACUUACAUGAGCCACGUGAACAAUAAAAUGUAUGUUUAUUCAUUUUAUUUCAUUCAUAGCCUGAACAGUUUCAGUGUUUGCAAAAUGAUUAAAUCCAAUAGAAAAUAAAGCAUGUGUUUAUCGAGGCCUCAUCCUCCCGUUUGAAAACAUGUUGAAUUUGCUGUAUACAACUCUCGUCCUCACUGAAAAUUGAGCGUUUCAAGAACUCUCCA